CCAGGUCGUAUGCAGGGUGGCACCCAAGGAACGGUGAUGAUAGUUAGGACGAAUAGCUUUGUCAUCAAGCGCAUGCCGCAAAUGGUUUUUUACCAAUAUGAGAAUUCGAUUACCCCCCUUGCUCCCGCACUUCCCCGGCGAGGCGCCGCUCCUCAGAGGGCUCAGGCGCCCGGCGAUACUGAGCUUCCCCCGCGGAGGAACACGGAGAUCAUCACACAUCUCCAGACAAGGACAAGCCCCCAGAGUUUCCGAGGCACCGCCGUAUUCGAUGGCAAGCGCACCCUGUUUGCUCCUAGUCAAAUCCCGUUCCCCAAUGGGGCUGGCGAGUUCACGGUCGACAUGAAUACGAGAGAACCGCGCUUGGAUAGGAACAUCUUCAAGGUGAAGAUGAAACUUGUCAGCACGUUGACUCCAAGCAACAUCCAGAGGAUCCUGACUGGCGGGCAGCACGACGGCGACACGUCGGACAUCAUGAGGAUGUUGCAGCUCAUACUGCGUCAGGACGCCACGCAGAAUUAUCCGUUCACGAGAAAAGCUGUGUUUCCGGGCAAGGAAUGGGCCUCCCUCAAGCAGGGUCUGACCAUUCAUCGCGGCUACUUCCAAUCUGUUCGACCAUCCCUGAACAAAAUCAUUGUCCAGGUAGACGUCUCGCAUAGCGCAAUGCAUAGGAGCGGUAGCGUCAUCGAUAUCGCCCAAGAGGUCACGUUAGCGCGCGAUCUGCGUGCUCUGGAGAAUUUGGCCAGGAACCCGAACGAUCCGGCAUGGAAGAAGCUCUGCAGUUUUCUCAAGGGAGUCAAGAUACGAUCCCACAUGAACCGAAACGAGCACGUCAAAGCCAAGAUCAGGCCGAUCAAGAAGCUCAUCCCCAACGCGGGCGCCUACGAGUUCACCAUAGGCGACAACGACCCUACUACCGUGAACGACUACCACCGCACGUUACGGGGCGAGAAUCUGAAAUACCCCGGACUGUUUGGCGUCGUGGUCGGGAGGGAUACUGUUAUACCGGCCGAAUACGUAGAGAUCGUGCCAGGCCAAUUGUAUCAGAAGAAGCUUCCGGCAGAGCUCAUGAAGGACGUCCUAGCGUUUGCCACCCAGAGGCCAGAGACCCGAUUGGACAACAUCGUCAAUGCAGUCAAGUCAGAUUUCCUCGGUUAUCAAGGUGCUUACAUGCGGAUGACUCAGAUGGAGGUAGACCCUCAGCCAUUGAAGAUCCGCGGUCGCGUCCUUGAACCCCCCCUUCUGAUUUAUGGCGAGAACUCGGCAUGUCGCCCCGACGGUGGACGCUGGAACCUGCUCAACCGGAAACUAGUCAAUCCGGGACUAAUCCCAGCAUGGGCCGUCGUCGAUUUCAACUCAGGUCGAUCAAAUAUGGCCGAGUUAAUCAAGUUUCUGAAAGCUCUCGUGGAAUGCUUAAGAGCUCUAGGGAUUCGUAUUCACAAAGUACCCCCGCCGAUUUUGAACGGUAAUACCGGCAACGUGGAGCAGUCCAUGGAAGAAGCAGGCAGACAAUCUAUUCAAGACUUUCCCGGCAAAAACCCGCACCCGACGAUCAUCAUUGUGAUCUUGCCUGAUUCUUCAGCUGACAUUCGGAGAGCAGUGAAGCACUGGGGUGACGCGAGUCGAGAUGUGCCAACACAAUGUGUCAAUGCGAAGAAACUUUCAUCCAACGUGGCCCGCGAUAAUUCACUCAGCCAGUACUGUAACAAUAUCGCAUUGAAGAUUAACGUCAAGAUCAACGGUGUCAACACGUACUUGGUUCCUUCACCCAAUUAUGCAGUGGACUUCGGUGGCAAGAUGAUUCUUGGUGCGGACGUAGGACACCCUGGCCCUGGAGUACAACGCCCGUCUUUGUCAAGUGUGGUCUUCUCUGUCGAUGAGCAUGCAUCCAGGUAUGGCGCCUGCUGCAGAGUCCAGCAUCCCCGUACAGAACGCAUUGCUGACAUGAAAGAGAUGAUCGUCCAUGCUCUCGUCAACUUCAACAGAUUUUGGGGCAAGCCCAACAGUUAUCCCGUUUCCAUGGUCAUGUACCGCGAUGGUCUAUCGGAAGGAGAGUUUGAGGUGGUUGCCGACGAAGAGAUCAAGGACAUCAAAUCUGCCAUCGAUCAUGUCUGGGCGGCUCAGCAGCUGCAGAUGCCCAAACCGCGGGUGACGUACAUAGUCGUGGGGAAACGGCAUCACGCUAGAUUUUUCCCCGAAAGACCACAAGACGGAGACAGGAGCGGCAACGUCAAACCAGGCUUGGUCGUUGACGAAGAUCUCAGCAGUCCGACCGGUUUCGACUUUUACCUACAGUCACACGGAGGGCUCCUCGGCACUUCUCGGCCCGCUCACUAUACUCUGCGCCUCAAUGAAGACAGAAUGAAUGCCGACCAGCUGCAGCGUCUGACGUACGCGCUUUGUUAUGUCUACGCGCGCGCGACGCGCUCCGUAUCCUUGCCCGCUCCCGUGUACUACGCCGACCUCGUAUGCGGCAGAGCCGAAUUCCAUUUCGAUCGUAACCUCAAUUACGAGACGGACACCGUCGCCAGCGGCGAGGGCGAAUUCGACCUCAAGCGCUGGAAAGACGGAUUUCACGGGCCGAAGUCGAAGCAAUCGGUACAGUUUUACUUCAUGUGAAGGCCAGGAUAGUGGAUUCGCACUGUUCGUCAGUUCAGAGUUUUCACAUGUAAUCUGACGGUCUUGCUUCCCUUUCCUCCUGCAUUGUACGGCCACGAUGACGUUGCAUCCUGCUUACCCGAAAGCGCUGUACGAUUCCUUGUUGGAUAUUCCUGUACGCUUGUGAUGCUGAAGCCGAGGAUAUUCCACACGCAUCCAGACAAUGUACCACUAAUGUACGCAUGAACUUGUAAAGAUUGAAAACCACCUUAUACACAAGUCGC